AUGGAGACGGAUCGUAUGGCCGUCUGGGGUUGGACACACGUCGAGCCUUUCGCUAUAAACACACCGCAGCAGCAGCAGCAACAGCAGCAGCAGCAGCAGCAGCAGCAACAGCAGCAACAGCAGCAACAGCGUGAGAUGGUAACGAGGCCAAGGGGAGGGAAGGCGCGUAUGGCCGUCUGGGGUUGGACACACGUCGAGCCUUUCGCUAUAAACACACCGCAGCAGCAGCAGCAGCAGCAGCAGCAGCAGCAGCAGCAGCAACAGCAGCAACAGCAGCAGCAGCAGCGUGAGAUGUCUUCAUCGCAGGAAGCCUCGGCUGCUGAUAGUGGUGCAGCAGCAGCAGCAGCUGCUGCUGAUGCUCCUGUCGCUGCUGCAGCUCCUGCUGCUCCUGAUGCUGCUGCAGCUGCUGCUGCUCCUGUUGCAGCAGCAGCAGCUGCUGCUGCCGUUGAGGAGACAUCACCUAAAGGGGAGGCCCCAGCAACAGCAGCAGCAACAGCAGCAGCAACAACUGCAGAAACAGCAGCAGCUGCUACAACAGCAGCAGCAGCUGCAGCAGCAGCUGCAGCAGCAGCAGCAGCAAACAUAAGCGCAGCAGCAGAGAUAGCCACCAAGACAGAACAAAAUACAGCAGCACAGCCUGGGGAUGCAGAAGCAGCUGCAGCAGCAGAUGAUGCCAAAGCAGCAACAGCAGCAACAACAGCAGCAGCAGCAGCAACAACAACAGCAGCAGCAGCAGCUACAGAAGCAGCAGCAGCAGCAGCAGCAGAAGCAGCAGUAGCAGCAACUGAGGCUUCAAUGGGAGAGGCGGAGAACCCAAGGGCUGUUGGCUCCACAGACAAAGCAGCAGCAGCAGCAGCAGCAGCAGCAGCAGCAGCAGCAGCAGAACCGAAAGCAGCAGCAGCAGGUGCACCCGCUGAAAUCCCCGCAGCAGCAACAGCAGCAGCAGAGGAGUCUCCUGCUGCUGCUGCUGCUGCUGCUCAAACGAAGCAGCAGAGCGACUGCAACUAG